AUGAGACUCCCCUACGUCCCCAACCCUCCCCAAACCUCUACAGAAGAAGACGCCCAAAUCGUCCAGCGCAUCCAAGCUAGGAGAGCACCUCGGCCCCUCCAAUCCCUCGACCUCGCGCUGCUACACUCGCCCCCUCUCGCCGACGGCUGGAACUCCUUUCUCGGCGCAGUACGUACAAAGACCAGCGUGGGAGACGAUUUUCGCGAACUUGCUAUUUCGAGAGUCGCAGUGUGCAAUAGGGCGUGGUAUGAGUGGAAGCACCACGCGCCGCUGGCUGCGCAGGCUGGUGUCAGUAAGGAGGCGCUUGAGGUGGUGAAGACGGAGGGUCCGUUGGAAGGGUUGGAGAGGCCGGAGGUGUUGAGUGAGAGACAGUGGGCUGUGUUGGUUUACACGGAUGAGAUGACGAGGAAUGUGCAGGUGCGGGAUGAGACGUUUGAUAAGUUGAAGAGUUUGUUUAGUGAUAGGGAGGUUGUUGAGAUUACGGGGAUUGUUGCUGCGUACAACUGUGUAAGUCGCUUCUUAGUGGCGCUGGACGUGGGAGAGAGAAACGGCACUGGCCCAGACGACGUGGUAACUCAUUAA